UUCACCCAGAUUCUUUACAUACCCAUAUCAUAUCAUAUCAUACCCUCGUUAAAACACACAAAAAAUAAUGCUUUCAUCUGCGUCAACAAUCAUGAGCAUCAUCGACGGUCCAAAGGGCUCCGCCGCCGAGGGAUCCUCCCGAUCCUCCGGCAGCGGCGGAGACCAUCAUCCCCAGCCGUCGCCGGCGCUGAGCAGGUACGAGUCGCAGAAACGGCGCGACUGGAACACGUUCGGGCAGUACUUGAAGAACCAGAGGCCGCCAGUGUCGCUGCCCCAGUGCACUUGCAACCACGUCCUGGAAUUCCUCCGAUACCUCGACCAGUUCGGGAAGACUAAGGUUCACUUGCACGGUUGCGUGUUCUUCGGCCAACCCGAUCCUCCCGCCCCGUGCACUUGCCCUCUCAGGCAAGCAUGGGGCAGCCUCGACGCCUUGAUAGGCCGCCUCCGAGCAGCGUACGAGGAGAACGGCGGAUCGCCGGAGAAUAAUCCCUUCGGGAACGGAGCGAUUCGGGUUUAUCUCCGGGAGGUCAAGGAAUGUCAGGCCAAGGCGAGGGGAAUUCCGUACAAGAAGAAAAAGAAGAAGAGACUAAAUCCAAUUAAGGGAAUUAAUCAUCAUGAUCAGCACCAAACAAAUCUGAAGCACUCUACUUAAUUACUUGCUUCCUCGUACCCAUGAAUGGUUGGAGCUCUCUUGACAAGUUGGAGUUGCAGAGCAUCGGAAAAUGAAUUCCCCAUUUCAAUUACAAUACGUACUAUAUAGCUUGCUUCUCUCUUUGCCAAUGACUUGUUGUCUAGUAAUACAAGACUGGACUUUAAGUUAAAAUACCAUGACAAUUAAGUCUUCAUAAUUUCAAGUAAUUUAUUAAUACCCUUCCAAAGAAUUGCGAGAAAAUGCUUUCCAGAGAUGGAAAAAUAACAAUUUUCUUCUC